CACGACAAAACGAUACGCCGCAAGGUUACGAAGACGAAGCCCAGAUGAGACGAACAUAAAUGAGUGAUUGUCGGACCGCUGCUUUGUGAUGACGAAAAGGAAUUUGUGCUCAUGCGAUGAACACUAAAGAACACAUUUUCCUUGAAGCUGCAAAGGUUGGUGAUGUUGCUAAAAUCAGAGAGAGCUUGAAGCAGGGUAUAAAUGUUGAUGGAAAUGACUGGACCCGCCAAAGUGCAUUACAUCACACAGCAGCAGGAGGACACAUUGAAGCUUGUCAAGUACUUCUAGAUCAUAAAGCCGACAUUCAAAUCACUGAGAGAGCUGGCUCGACGCCUUUACACCUAGCUGCUUGGCAUGGCCACAUUGAUGUAUGUAAACUUCUUUUGGAAAGAGGUGCAAACCCAAACGCUAAGAACUAUACAGGACUAUCACCAAUGCAUGCAGGGGCUAGGAGAGGUCAUGCUCAGGUCAUUAGCACUCUUCUUGAUUACGGAGCGAACGUCAACAUAAAGAGUAGCUUUGCUUGGACACCACUACACCGGUCGGCUGUUAUGGGUCAUGUUGAUGUCUGCCAAAUUCUGCUGGAGAGAGGAGCCGAUGUCAAAGCCAAAGAUGAGGGAGGCAGAACAUGUCUUCACGAAGCAGCUAGCCAUGGUCAUCCAGAGGUCUGUGAAAAAUUGCUAUCCAGCCAUGCCAACCUUAACAGCUUAACCAAGGAUGGUACACAUUCACUCCAUCUGGCUGCAUCCAAAAACCAUAGCAGAGUUUGUCAGGUGCUACUCAACUACAAUGCUGACAUUAAUGUAAAGACCAAGGAUGGUAAGACAGCGCUUGAUCUCGCUUCAGACCCGGCAACGACUGAAAUCUUGCAACAAGCCGUCAAGCUCCACGACUACAGGGAACUCAUGAGCAGAGGCUCAAAAGCGUGGAAGAAAAUGAAAUUAUUUUUUGUUGGCGACCCAGCUGCAGGGAAGACCACUCUCAAGAAUACAUUACAAAGGGUAGGAUCACUUCCUUAACUUUAAAGUGUUAGA